CAGAUGCAUGUAACACCACAAACUCGCCAGAAGAAAGAAAGAGACCUCAGUGUGACUUUUCAUCCAGCGUUAUAAGACAACUAUUUGACCACAAACCAUGAAACUGCUGCUCCACUGUAUUCUCCUGACAGUCGGACUGGCCAUUGCCUACCGCAGUCCACUGAAUGACUUCCAGCGCUCUGAGGGCAGAGAGCUGGUUCCUACCGCCUGGAACUCAGCUCGAGUGUUGCUGUUACCGGGCCUGAACCUGGAGGAAUGUGCCACGCGCUGCUCACAGUCUCUGGACUGCAGAGCGUUCAACUACGAGACACGUCCGACUGUCGCCUGUAAACAUCUGCCCUGGGUGGGUGAUGGGAACAACGCAGAGGUGAAGAGAAACGUAAACUGUGACCUUUAUGAGAAGAAAGUCUAUGUCAGAAAGUGCAUCGUGAGUAAAGGAGAAGACUACAGAGGGAAAGUGUUCACCACUAGAAGUGGACUCACCUGCCAACAGUGGUGGUCCAAGUUUCCUCACGAUCACAGGUGGACUCCCACAGCUACUAAUGGUCUGGAGUUGAACUACUGCAGAAACCCAGACGGGGAUCGUAUCGGUCCAUGGUGCUACACAACCGACCCAGAGCGCCGCUAUGAAAGCUGCAACAUACCCCAGUGCAAAGACGAGGUUUGUAUCACAUGUAAUGGAGAGGACUACAGAGGGCAGGUCGACCACACUGUGAGUGGCAGAGAGUGUCAAAGAUGGGACCAGCAGUACCCUCAUCAACACAUCUACCAGCCUGAAAAGUAUCCUGAUAAGAGUUUAGAUGAUAACUACUGCCGUAACCCUGACGCCUCUCCUGUGCCCUGGUGUUACACCACGGACACUGAGGUGGAGCGAGAAAACUGCGACAUCAGCAAAUGCACUGAGGUGCGGGUUGAGAAACGCCAGCGCUCCAGCUUCACGACCAACUGUUUCCGUGGCCGUGGGGAGGAUUACCGGGGUAAAGUCAACGAGACGACAUCAGGUAUCCCCUGUCAGCGGUGGGACUCCCAGCAGCCUCAUGAGCAUCCCUUCUACCCAAACACAUACGAAUGCAAAGGGUUGGAGGAGAACUACUGUCGUAACCCAGAUGGGUCGGAGGCUCCCUGGUGCUUCACAUCUGUGCUAGCGAUGAGGACUGCUCUCUGCUUACAGAUCAAACGCUGUGCAGACGACAUAGAGGCUGAAGAUUGUUACCAUGAAAAUGGAAAAAACUACAGAGGGAUGGUCCGUAAAACUCGUAAAGGGAUCACCUGCCAGAAAUGGAACGUUAACACACCCCACCGGACCAGGAUAAACCCAAGGACGCAUCCUGAGGCUAAUCUGACAGAGAACUACUGUCGUAACCCAGAUGGGGACCAGCAUGGACCCUGGUGCUACACCACUGACCCCAAAACUGAGUUUGAUUACUGUGCCAUCAAACAGUGCGCUGGAGAGAAAGUGUCCAUGACUGAACCAGUAGAGAAGGUGGAGUUUAGUGAGUGCGGAAAGAGAGAGGACCGCUUCCAGAGGUCGAGGCUACGUAUCGUGAACGGGAUUCCUGGCAACUCGCCAUGGACAGUGAGCCUCAGAGACAGGAAAGGAAACCAUUUCUGUGGAGGAUCCCUGGUUAACCCCAGAUGGGUGAUCAGCACCAAGCAGUGUUUCUCCUCCUGCUACGUGGACCUGCCUGGGUACUCGGCCAGGAUGGGAACAUUAUAUCGUGAUCCACAAGAAGGAGAGCCUGGCGUGCAAACCAUCCCUCUCACCAAGAUCGUGUGUGGACCGUCAGAGUCUCAGCUGGUCAUGCUACAACUGGAAACCCCUGCCCAGUUUAAUGAGCGUGUCUCUCAGAUCUGCCUCCCUCCUGAGCGCUAUAUUGUAGCUGAGGGGACCUCCUGUGAGAUCGCAGGAUGGGGUGAGACAAGAGGGACUGGAGAUGAGACUGUCCUCAACGUGGCCCAAAUACCAGUUCUUAGUAACAAGGAAUGCAACAAAUACUUCAGAGGUCGUGUCCGUGAGAAUGAGAUGUGCACAAACUCUUUCCAGGCCGGUGUAGGCGCCUGCGAGAGAGACUAUGGCGGCCCUCUGGCGUGUCAGAACAGGGAUUGCUGGGUGCUCGAGGGUGUGAUCAUCCCCAUGAGGCGCUGCGGACACCCGGGGCAGCCCAACAUCUUCAUCCGGGUCUCUGUCUACGUGGACUGGAUCAAGAAGGUCAUGGAGAUGGCUUAGAGGCACACAAUGCCAUCCAACAGGGACUGAUCAAAUCUGCUGUCAUAAGCCCACAAGACCAGUUAUUCACUUAACCAUAUACAUAUUUGUCUUCUCAGAUGUAUUAGUAAUAGUACAUAAAGAUGUAUAUUCAGAUUUUAUUAUACAUGUUACAUUACUAUAUCAUAAAAAAGACUCAUUCUUGGAGAAAUUGCAAAGAUAGCACAGUAAUUUGUUAGUGUAUCUUUCAUUUUCAUGUGCAUUUGUAUUUUGUGAAUCUUUUCAGCCAGAUAAACAAACUUUAAAUGCAUCAAUAGGGUCAUGAAAUAAUUGUUACAAGCAGCCAAAACCGAGCAGAUAGAAUGAGCAGAAAAUGUUUUUAUUCCCAAAACAUGAUCACAGACGCUGAAAUGCAAAAUAAUGCAAAGAAGUCACGCAGAGAAAAUUUAUCAUAACGUAAUAAAUGCACACUUUUUAUUUAGGCCCCUUAUUUAGCAUUAAUAAGCAGUAUACAAACAUUUAGUAAGUGGUUCAUUACGCAAUAUAAUAUAGUUAGAGAGGUGUUGGAGUGUAAACUAUUUAUCAGCAAUUCUAACUUCUUCUAUAAAGACAUAUUUUAUAUUAUUAAAACUGUGUCUUCCUAUAUUUUCAUUUAUUCAGCAGCCUCCGGUUAUGACCACAGGAGGAGUUACAGUUGACAAAUAAUUAAUAGACACUUGUAUCUGCUUACAGCUACAUUACAGUGCAUUAUAAACAAAUUGUUAAAUGUUGUGCUAAAUAUGAGGACUUUGUUUGACAAUUUUCUGUUAUUUAUACAUCAAAAAUUAGGGGGAAAAAAAAGGAUGUCGGGAUAAAAACUAAUUUUAGCCCCUCAGGUUCAGAGGAGAAUAACUGGAGUUAAGUAACUUCUCAUAACAGUGGAGGUGUGGGGGGGGUUUACGGCACACAUUUUAAGUUUCCUGCAUCCCCCGGGAAUGCACCCUUUACCACAAAACUGUACGCCUCCCCUCCUCUCUCCCUGGCAUUGAAUGGAGCUCCGAAAUACCUUCUUUGCCCCCAGCCUCUAAAGAAAUCCCUCCUCUGCCUGUCUUUUGAUGCCUGCCCCCACCUCUAAAGACAUGCCUUUGUGCCUUAUGCAGAACUGUAUGCGCUGCACAUUCUUUCUAGUUCUAUAGGAGGAUUUUUGUAACCCGGUCCUGAUGAGCCCACGGAAUUCAGCUUAAAUAAACCUCAAGAUCAGAGUCCAACCGAAUCUCAGACACACCAGCCUGCAGAAGGCCACUGAACUCUCUCUCACACAUACAUACAAUUUCUCUCUCAUGCAAACCCCCCCACCCCUCUCUGUCUUAUUCUAUCUCUGUGUUUCUGUCUCUUGGAAAUUUUCACACCAACAUUUCUUCUUUUGUCUGACAUUUUCUAAUUUUUUUUUAGAAAUAUAAAAUAACAGUUCUGAAGUGUUGAACAUGUUCCUUCCAGCUAAUAAGGGCCAAUUAUCCUCUUGCUGUAUGCAGCGUUUGACAGUUAUGAUUCUCAUUCUGUUCACUUUCAUUUAGUAAUAUUUAUACUGGAUGACAAAUCAAAUUCAUAUAUGACUACCCAGUUCUCAGCAACUGAUGCUUCGGAGAAAUCUGACUAAAACUUUUUAAUAAAUGCUGCCACAAACAUCU